AUGCAUAGAGUUGCAGAAGAGUUAUAUUUUAUUUAUAACUUUUCAAGAUUGCAAAUUGAUGGAUACACUGUUUUAUUAUUGCUUCUGAUUAUGUCUUUCUAUAGGUGGUUUGGAAUACAGCUGAAUCCUCAAUUCAUUGGCAUGGACCUCAAAUUCUUCUUUGUUAGAGCUGGAAUGAUGGGAUGGCUUCUUAUAAAUCUUUCCGUUCUUGCAAAAUGUAUUCAAGAGGGCAUCUUAAGCAGAUCGAUGAUUUUUUACCAGCUUUUCUGUUUUCUCUAUAUUUUGGACUACUUUUUCCAUGAAGAGUACAUGACCUCCACGUAAGUGUAUUUUUUCUUUUCUUUAAACUAUGUUGUCAGCUAAUCUGGUUUAUUCAGUUUAUGUAAUUGUUGCAUCAUAUUACUA